AUGGCCCAGCCCAAUGCCGAGCCCGUCGAGGACCAUGAGGACUACGACUAUGAAUCACUACCGCCCAACUUCAGCCUGUUCCAGAACAUGGUUGCCGGUGCUUUCGCCGGCAUAGCCGAGCACACAGUCAUGUACCCCAUCGACGCCAUCAAGACUCGAAUGCAAGUCCUGAAUCCGUCUCCCACCGCUGUCUACAACGGUGUUAUACAGGGGACAUACAAGAUGGCCACCGGCGAGGGGAUUCUGAGUUUGUGGCGAGGAAUGUCGAGCGUCGUUGUCGGCGCAGGGCCGGCACAUGCCGUAUACUUCGCAACCUACGAAGCUGUCAAACACGUCAUGGGCGGGAACAAGGCUGGCGUGCACCAUCCUUUGGCCGCAGCCACCAGUGGAGCCGCCGCAACAAUUGCGAGCGAUGCGCUCAUGAAUCCCUUUGACGUCAUUAAGCAGAGGAUGCAGAUCAAGAACUCGAACAAGAUGUACCGGUCCAUGUUCGAUUGCGCCAAGUAUGUCUACCGGACCGAGGGGCUCGGCGCCUUCUACGUCUCGUACCCGACGACGCUUUCCAUGACCGUGCCGUUCACCGCCCUCCAAUUCCUCGCCUAUGAGUCGAUAUCCACCACCAUGAACCCCGGCAAGCAAUACGAUCCCUUCACCCACUGCGUGGCUGGUGCUGUUGCUGGUGGCUUCGCUGCCGGUCUCACAACGCCCAUGGAUGUCAUCAAGACGAUGCUUCAGACCAGGGGCACAGCAUCGGAUUCCGAGUUGAGAACAGUGAACGGGUUCAAGGCAGGGUGCCAGCUGCUGUACCGGAGAGAAGGGUUCAGGGGUUUCUUCAAGGGCGUCCGGCCAAGGAUUGUGACCACCAUGCCUAGCACGGCCAUUUGCUGGUCGGCCUACGAGUUCUCAAAGUAA